GUUGUCUUAACUACUUUUAUAGGCAACUGUUAAGCGCAAUAACAGACCUGUAUCUUGAUUGAAUUUUCAUCUUUCGGCAGUCUGCUUCUACAGACAAUAACGACGAUUAGAAAGAGACAUCCAUCAAAAAAAAAAAAAAAAAAAAACAAAUUAGGAAAUUAUGCCGCUGUUUCCGGUAUUUCAUCUGUCCUGCUUUUCCCCUUGUUCAGUGAUGCGUAACGCUAUUCGGUCAUGCAGAGCUAAACAAAACUCGGAUGGAAGUGGGUAGUAGCUUGCUGUUCAUCGGAGAACAUGAACCGUUCGCUUAGAAAGUCCCAGUCUCUGCGCUGCUAUUCCAUCCUCGAGGUGAAAAGCAAGUACAGUGCAGAGUUCAGGAGGUUUUCCCUUGAUCGUUGUGAGCCUGGGAAGUAUACAGAUUUCCACCGGCUCAUUGUGCAUUUACAUCACUUAUGGCGAAUGGAUGUCUUUAUUGGCUAUGCAGAUGUCCAUGGAGAGCUGUUGCCCAUCAAUAAUGAUGACAACUUUUGCAAAGCUGUGACCUCCACACAAUCUUUACUGCGCAUCUUCAUUCAGCUUCAAGAGGAAGCUGACCAAGGUAACAUAAGUGGUGAUGGCAUUACAAAGCGAAAGAAAUCUGUGGCAGCAUCGCGUGGCGACAUUAGCCACAGAAAGUCCCACUUUCAGAUCAGCAUGCCACAGAACUUUCGUCCAGUUUCUUCAAUCAUUGAUGUGGACAUCUUACCAGAAUGCCACCGAAGAGUGCGUCUGUAUCGCCAGGGCUCAGACAGACCUCUGGGGUUUUACAUCCGUGAUGGUACUACUGUUAGGGUUACUCCUUACGGUUUGGAAAAAGUUCCAGGCAUCUUUAUCUCACGCAUAGUACCCGGUGGACUGGCAGAGAGCACUGGACUUCUGGCCAUCAAUGAUCAGGUCUUGGAAGUCAAUGGUAUUGACGUUAUGGGGAAGUCUCUGGACCAGGUGACUGAUAUGAUGAUUGCCAACAGCCUCAACCUUAUCAUCACAGUGAAACCUGCAAACCAGCAUAACAACAUAAGGCGCAAAAGCUACAUUUCCACAAACUCAGGACACUGUUUUGAUAGCAUGGACUCUGUAAGCUACCCAGGGCUACCUUUGAUAAUGAAAGCUUGUGGCUUGACAGGUAACGGGUCGGUGAGUGAAGAAGAAGCAGAUGUGGUUGUUGAGAGCCCCAUCAAACACCUGUCCCGGCACUCCAGUGCUUCAGGGGCCUCUUAUCCACAUGUUUAUCCAUCUUACAGGCCCCAAGUUUCUGCCAGACGGCCCAACUCUCUCAUUUCUGCAGCUUUUCAUCACUCUCAGCCUUGCCUCAACUAUACAGCUCACACUGACCACAGCCUCCCAGUUCACAGAAAUCUGCCCUCCCAGCAGCAUUUUGACUAUAAUCCGGCCAUCAGACAAGGAAGCUGCAGUACACGUGACAUUCUAAGCACAUGGCACGUAGAUCUGAGACAUAAUUUACUGUUGCCCCAGGGGGCAAUGGAGGAAGAUGGAAUUGUUGUGAUUUUAUAAAGGAUAACCCUGCUGAAACUACACCACCCUUAACUCUUCCCUGCACUUUAUAUUUUAAAUGACCCUGAAUUCUUGAUGUUGGCAAGAUCUUUUGUGCAUCUUGGAUUUUGCAUCAAAACUUAUUUACAUACACUACUUGUAUGCCAGGUCUUUACUAAUAUGUUUAAAAGGGAUAGUUCACAGAAAAAUUUAAAUUCUCUCAUCAUUUACUCACCCUCAUGCAAUC